AUGCUGCUCUUAACACAUGUACUGCUGCUUUCCCUAUUCUUCUUCUCUUUGGCGGCGGUUGUCGCUGGAGACACCGACACGCUGAUUCCAUUUGACGAUGCGAGCAUCAAAUACUAUGGACGAUGGCACCGAACGAUCAAUGAGAUUCAAAGCGGUUGGCCGGGAGCUUAUUUUAAGACGACAGUGGAGGGUGGUAGUCGCAUCAAGUUGCGUUUGAACCGACCAACGAGUGUCUUUGUGCAGGUGGAUUAUGGUGCUGUACGGCAAUUACAAGCAGCGUAUCAAGGACAAUUACCCAUUGAAUUGGAUAUCACGCCACCGCCAGCAUCGAAUCAAGAUGAUGAUGAUGAUGAACAACAAGACCAUGAGCUUUUGGUAGCAGCAUCUGCCAAUGCAUCCAUUCAUCUCGAAUCCUUGGUGAUAAGCAGCCAAGGACGAAGCAACAAGACACAUCCACCCGAUAAGCAAUCACCUUUACUUGUCGAGUUUGUUGGACACGAGUUAUCCCUUGGCGUGGGCACAUCACAAUCUCUCUUUACAAGUUUCCCAUGGUUGGUGUCAUCGAUGGUGAGUGCUGAACAUGCUCAAAUUGCAUACAAUCGAGCACGCCUUGAGAAUUAUACGGGACGAGAUCUUGGCAUGGAAACACGCUAUUUUGAUUGGAGUCCGCAUGACAGCAAAGCCUGGUGGAAUUUUUCAUACGCACCAACAGCCAUUGUGAUCUUGUUAGGACGUAACGACCGCAUCAGUGAUGAUUAUGCAGAUACGCUCGUCAACUUUUUGAAGCGCAUCAGGUCACAUUUGCCAGACACAUCCAUUCUUAUCCUCUCAGAGCCAUUGGGUGAUCUCGUGCGUCAAUCACAAGAUGCAGUCUAUCACUUGAACGACCAAGGAGACCAAAAUAUCUUUUACAUUGAUACCACAGGUUGGGUGCAAUACGGUGCAACCGCCUUUGUCGAUACCACACAUCUCAAUGACGCAGGACAUGAUCGUGUCGCUCGUCGACUUGCACCCUUGUUAGAAGCACGUUUGGCUACACCACCUCGACCCUUGCCACCACCACCAUCCAAUCCAAGCUUACCACACGAUUGGCAAACCAUGGAUAUUGGCCAAGAUGAACGUGUGGGUCUUCCUGGAUCCGUCUCCUUUGAUUCACCACAUACAUUUACAUUAUGGGGUUCGGGUGUGGAUAUUGGUGGUCAUCAAGAUGCGUUUCGUUUCGUAUACCAAUCUCUUUCAGGCAAUGGUGCUAUUGAAGCCACUGUGGAAUCCCAUUCCGCCUUCAGCUCUUGCGCCAAAGCUGGGAUCAUGAUCCGUGAACAUCUUGCUUUGGGUGCUCCACAUGUAUUAUUUGGUGUCUCACCUGCUAGCGGCAUCUUUUUCCAAGCACGUUCAUCCAAUUUCAAUGAGACCCGCCUUGUCAAGAAACUUCGAGCAUCUCCACCUUAUCGUUUCAGGCUUGUUCGCCAUGGUUCAAGUUGGAUUGCACAAUCAUCAUCAUCAUCAUCACCACCAUCAAAUCCAGAUGAUGAUUCACAAGCAGAGUGGCAACUCGUAGCCAAUGUAACGGAUUUGGUAUUUGCAAGGGAUGUCUAUGUCGGUUUAGCAGUGACCAGCUGUGAUCCUUCCGUUGUUAGCGUUGCCAAGUUUGCUGAAAUCUCUCUCAGUGGCGGUGUCGGCAAUGGAUUUUAUUCAAACGACAUUCACAUUCCUCGUCUCAUUCAUCAACAACCUUAA